AUGCCAUCGAGCGUUCACGUUGGAGAGGACAAGACGACCAGCUCCCACGCCAUUGACGCCAUUUUUUGCGACGGUCUGCACUUGAGCCGAACUCCCAGUCCAAUGAGAGUGCUCCCGAGGACCAUUUUGGUCCUGACAGGGAGAGGGUGGGAAACCCGACUUCCUGACAUGAACGGUCAGCCAGAUGUUAUUGACUCGGAGGUCAACAGGUCCGUAGAGGCCAAAGUCAACUCAAAUGCCGAAGAGAGAACAAAUGCGUCAUCGUGUACUCGAGAACGGGAUCUCGAACGCGGCACGCGCUGUCCCCCAACAACACAAGUAAGAUGUAAACGAAAGGUCGUCUUGUGGAAAGAAGUGUUGAGCGAGGAUUAUUUCCCGAAGCAAAUGAGGGAACAGUGGAUCUGGAGGGCAAAGAAGGGUCAAAUCCACAACGAUUAUCGUGAAUACUUGGAUUGGCUGAUGGACAAUGUCGAAGAGCACAUAGGCCAGGGACGAGACACCAGCCAUCUUCAAUCGUUACUGACCGAACAGUGCACUAUCUUGGAGGGCUUUGCAAACGGCUUGUCUCUGGAUUUCAUCUUCCGCCCUUUCCACGACGAUGCUCAGCAUGAUCGCGUACUACAUAGAUUCUCGAUGCUCUGGCUGGGACUGACGGACAGUCGCUGCACUGCCAUGAAGUUUACCUUCCUCAGUUAUUUUUGCGGCAGCGCUGCAUCUUUCACGCGCCCCGCUUCUGUACCGGGCUCUGCAGCACAAAUUUUAUCACCAGCCAUCAGGGCCUCCAUGAACACCUGUCUCAAAGUCGCCGACGUGCGCUGA